UAUGUUGCAUCUGUUGCACUUAGUUGGGCUGCUUCCUCAAGGAGAAACAAACACAGCAUCAGGGUGUCUGAUGGUAACAUUACAAACUGGGUUGUAAAUGGAAAGUCAACACCACCACAUCCUGAGUUUAAUAACACAGCACAUAAGGCAAAGGAUUCUGUUUCCACAGAAACAAACCCAGGGUCAAAGAUAAAAACUAAUCAAAUGAAAGCCGUGGCACAUGAAGGUGAAGCGAAGACUCCCAUCCCCGUCCUCUACAAAAAAAUCCUUCAAGAAACUUCCUCAGUGGGAUUUUGAAGAUGUUUAUAACCAGGAUGCUCCACUGAGACCAAAUACUUGUGCCCAGUCUCUGCUAAACACUGAGGAUGAGAGCUUCAAGAAGGUUUUCCUUCCCAACAUACGCUUGUAUCUGCACAAAGACAGUAUCAACAUGAACGAGUGGAACCGACUUUCACAUUUUAAUAAUCCCUUUGGUUUUAUGGAGUACAACUACAGUGAUGUUAUGUCUUCACUGAAGCUGAUCCCAAAACCAAAAGAGCCACUAUUCCUUCCAAAGCCAGGCAGCGGUGGCUGUGUGCGCUGUGCUGUGGUGGGCACUGGGGGAAUCCUCAACGGCUCCAAAAUGGGGAAAGAGAUAGAUUCACACGAUUAUGUGUUUCGGAUGAACGGUGCAGUCAUCAAGGGUUAUGAGGAGGACGUAGGGAACAAAACAUCGGUGUACGUCCACACAGCCCACUCAAUCACUGCAUCGCCGUAUUUCUUUAGCAAGUAUGGAUACAGAUCUGUUCCUGCAGGUACUGGAACUCAAACUGGUGGUAUAAAAUUUGUGAUGAUUCCUGAGGGGAUGAGAGACUUUGAAUGGCUUAAGGGUCUUCUCAAAGGAGAAAGGGUCACUAAUGGCCAGUACAAAAACAAGCGGCCAAGGACAUAC